UGGCACUCGGAACCAAACAGCCGGGCUGACUCGCCUGGACACUGCGUUUCUCGCAUUCAACUGCACAGUGCUGACUUUAACACUGGUCAUGGGUUUACCCGGGAACUUGUGGGUCUGUUGGGUCGUGUUCAGAACAAAGAGUCUCCAGACUUGCAACAAUGCCCUGUUGGUCAGCCUGGCGGCCAGCGAUCUGCUCAAGUGCUCCGUGGACACGCCGCUGCUGCUCUUCUCUUUUCUGCGCUAUGGGAAAGAGCCCCAGGUGUCCGUGUGCACCCUGCAGCAGUUCACCUACGCCCUGUGUAGCUGCGUCCAGCUGCUCACGCUGGUGAGCAUCAGCGUGGAGCGCUUCCAGGCGAUCGCCUUCCCGUUUCAAACCGAGGGGAGGAAAGCGAGGGUUCGCGUCUGGAUUAUGUCCAUCUGGGUGUGCGGCCUCGUUCUGGCUGUGAUCUCUCUGACUCUUUCCAAAGAGGCGCUUCUUUACAUGCUCUGCCGGCCGCACACCGGGGAGCGCGGUCACGACCCGUUUCCAUAUUCUGAUCCGUUCGGACCCUACGUGUUGGUGCCGGUGUGGGGGCUGUCCCUGACCGUGAUCGUCAUCCACUACGCGCGGAUAUUCAAAGUUGUGAGGCAGCACCGAAAGAAAGUGUUCAGCCGUGGGGUCCAGCUGCGGCCGACGGCGUCGAAGCACGUCUGGAACUGGGUGGACGUCCCCGCCUCGGCGCCGGAGGCGACUCUGCGGGGCCCCUUCAGGUCUCUGCCGCGCGUGGGCUCCUGCAGCCCGCUGCCUCCCCGCAGGACGAUGCUCCUGGUGGGCGAAGCAGGCGCGUCCACGGGAGGGUCGCUGGGUGGCCCUUCAGAGAUCGUCGGGGCGGUGUGCAUUCUCACACCCGGAGCCAAGGAGCGAGGGAAGAAGCGGAUGGAGGGGAAGCUGGCGCAGCGGUUUGGGUACAUAAUCAUUGCGUUCACGCUUUUCUGGGUGCCCAUGGUGGUUAUUUUGCUAAUGAACGUCAUCUCGUGGCAAGACGCGGACGGAUUGCUGACGGAGCUGGAGACGUCAGCAGUGGUGUUGACCUGCGUGCAGGCCGCAGUGGAUCCCCUCAUUUACACUUUCGUGACCAGACAGUUUCGCUCUGAACUUGGCAAGGUCCUGUCCUCCAUCCCAGGGUGUCCCCUAAAACCGAGAGCCUAAAAGUCCUAGACGUUGGCAAGAUGGACUGUACUUUAUGAAUACAGAAAACGCCGCUACCUUGUAUUUGCACACAGAACGAUUUAAAGGCAGGUGAAGAAGAGAGCCCACAGAUUGUGUAUUUGUGGCAGAUAUAGAUGUUUUUAUCAGGCGUUUCACAGCCAGGACACAAGACAAGGUCAUAAAUAAUAUCCAACACCUGACAAGAUACGCACAGCAGUAGUCUCAACAACGACAGGUGGCAUAGGAGGGCAAAGCAAAAGAGUCAGAGGAAAACUGAGUGAGCCCAGAAAAGAGACAAUCAAAGGAGAAUACAUAACAGAGAAAGAGAGAGACAAACACAACCACAGACCUGUUUUUGUCAUUUGUAAAUAAACUUCAAAA